GAGAUAUGUUGAAUAGGAAAUUCGUUUACGAUUAUUAUAAUAUACUGGAUUGAUAGGAUAGGUUGCAUCUCCGAGGAAGCCACUUAUACAGCUAUGAAUUUCGACGACUUGUCGUUCUUCUUACCGACAAUUCUCGCUGCUAUACUUUACUAGAGAAUACUUGCAAGACAUUACUAUAUCGGGAACACCGUGUCGACUGAAAAUAAUUUUGAGUUCGUUGAUGACGUGAUCAGACGUUAAUGAACUUAAUUGCGCAACUUCGACAUAUUUCCUGUAAUAAUCUACUACAACUAAGUAUUUGUUUCUAUGGAAAGGAAAUAUAUCUACACCUAGUUUCGACCACGCUCUGUUCGGCACGCUGUGAGGAAUUAAGGCUCUCUUUUGAGUGGAGUAUGCCAUUGGAAAUCACUGGUCAAAUUCCUAGUAAUAAACAGGAUGUCUUCCUAAACCUUGACGUUAGCGGAAUCAUCGAUUGUACCCAAGGAGUUAUAACACAUUUAGCAAUUUAAUUGUGCGAGUUUGAUUCACAAAUAGAUUAUUAUUUAGGAAGAAAUAAUAUUGUAAUGAAACACAGUCAGUGACAAAAACUGAUGUUGUAGUUAAUUAACAAUGAAUUCUUCUUAUGAAUUCGCUUACUGCAGAUUUUGUGCUGAAAUUAAACCAUUCGAUGAUUUAUUAGAUUUAGAAGAAAAUCCACAAGAUAUAAAGGAUUGUAUAGAAAGAGUGAACUUAUUGAAAAUUGAUUUUGUUAAUAUUUUGUCUUGCAAAUUACCGAAAGUGAUAUGUGAGCCGUGUUAUAAUGAUUUAUACGAUGCUUCUCUGUUUAUUAGCAAAGUGAAAGAAGCACAAAUAAUUAUAAAUGACUUGAUUGAUACAAAAUCUGAGAUCGAAAGUCAAGAACAUAAAUUCGACAUUGGAGAAGCGCAAUCUGGCACUGGUAAUAUAGAGGAUCCUGACAUUGAAAAAAAUUAUAUAGAAAUAGGUGAAACAAAAAUUAAGUCUGAGAAAGAUCCAUUACAUAUUGAUGACAAUGCUAUAGAAGACUUAACCACUUUAGUAGAUUCUUCAGAGGCGAGAGAAGAUACAGUCAAGGAAGAAAUAGCUACUUGUGGUAUUAUUAAAAAUUAUAACAAUUCGCUAGAGACGCUACAAUGUAUUGAUAGAAACAUUCAUGACAGUAAUGAUUUAGUAGAUAAAGGACUAUUAGAAAAUAUCACAGAUAUUGGUGUCUCGAAUAACCCAUGCCCACGUUUAAAGGUUCGCCUGGAAUGUAUUUUGAAGGAUAACGAAAUUCAAGAUAGUGUAGGAUCAAAUGACAAUAAUUUUAAACCAAUUUGGUCAAGUCCAAAAACUGUUGAUGGACAUGAAGAAAAUAUUGCAGAACCUGUGAAUUAUUUUAAUGAUAUUUCAUAUCAUGUGAAUGCAUCUAAUACCUUGAAAGGCCUGUUAACUCUUUCUGACGAGUCAACUCUUUACUCCCCAAAUUCAUUCCAACGUGUAACUCAUGGUGAUAUUGAAAAUAUUUCUGAAAAUUUUCUUCCAAAGGAGAGACAGAUGAAUAAUAACAAUAAUAAUGAUGAUUACUUAAAAGGAACACUAAGUAAAGCUAUCCAAAAUUAUGAUCAAAACAUAUUUGCAGACUUAAAUGAAAAGGAUAAAAAUGCAGACAAUGUUGUCCAAGACAAUCAGUUACAUUUACCAGACAAUAUAUCCUGGUCUGAGUACAUGUGGUUGUGUCAGCACUGCGACACUGACUACAAAUCUAUGAGAGUUGUAAGGGAGCACAGCAAGCUGGUACAUAACAAAUGCUGUGCUUUCAAAUGUAUUGAUUGUCCGGAUCUCUUUAUAUCGUUCAUCUCAUUUGUUGAACACGUUAGGCAACAUAGAAAGAGUUUGAGGCUUUAUUGCCCAUUCUGCAAUGAAAAAUUUUCCACUCCGGAAGAAUGUGCCAACCACUCUUACAAUCACUGGGUUACCAGCAAAGCAUGUGACAGAUGUGGGGAGCUAUUGACAAACACAGAAGAGCUAAUGAAACACAAUAAACAACAUAGAGAGGCUUUUUACCUUAAUAAAUACGCAAAAACGACAACACCAUGCGUCCCUAAAGAUGAAUCAUUUACUUGGGAUAAUUAUGAAAUGGCUUGUCAGGUAAGAUUGCAGGUACAGGAAAUAGGUUUUUUUUUAUUUAAAGGAAAUUGUCACAACCUUAAAAUAGGUGAGGUGAGUGAUAAAGAGACCCGACCUCCACAUAUAUAAACGAGAAUUUACACAAAUUGUAAUACAGGGGGCCUACUAUGAGCUUAUAACCAACUUACAACUUACAACCAUGCAAUUCACUUGAAGUGGUAAAACUGAAUUGCUUAAAUUCGUAUCAUGAC